CGGGCCGCAAGCAGCCCUUCUGCCUGCUGCUGCAGGAGGCCGAGGCGGGAUCUUCCUUCAGCGACUCCUCGGAGGACUCGUUCGAUCAAGAUUCCAGCUCAGAGGAAGAUGAGGAAGAGGAUGAAGAAGAGGAGGAAGAGGUGGAGGACUAUGGGACAGACAGCACCGACAGGCUUUCCUCACCUGCUCUUGAUGAGAGUGGCCUGGGCCUGCUAGCGAGGUUUGCUGCCAGCGCGAUGCCCAGCCCCAUCGUUCCUCCUCCGCUUUCCAUCAUCCAGCUGGAGGCCAAGCAGAAGGCAAAGAAGAAGGAGGAGCGACAGAGCCUGAUGGGGACGGAGUUUGAAUACACCGACUCAGAGAGUGAGAUCAAGAUUAGGAAGAAGUCACCCUCGGGAUUGCUGCGGGGGAAGAAGGGGUCUCUGGAAACAAGCAGCAUCCCGUCAAGCCAGACCCCAAGCAGCCUCGAGCCCGGAUCUGGAAGUGCUGACAAAGCCAAGCUUGGGUCUGAGAAAGGCCGCAAGUUAAAGAAGUUCAAGUCCCCCAAGGACUUGAGCUUUGAGUUUGGGCUGGAGGCCAGCGAUGAUGACCUGUGGAACCGGCGCCGCAGCGAACGGAUCUUCCUCCAUGAUGCCACCACAUCAUCAGCCAUGCUGACCCCUGCAGCACCUGCCAGCUCCACUCCUGUCUCCAAGUCUGGACGCUGUGGAAAGGGGGCUCCCAUGAGUCCCAAGAAGGAGGGCAGCAAGGGGAAGGACAGGAAGGAGCUAAGCAAGCGGAAAAAGGGUAAAGAAGCACCCUGCUGCUCCUCUUCCUCGUCCAUGUCUCCUCCUGGCAUCCCUAGCUCCCCAUCUGACGUUCGGGUCAGCCUGGCCAAUGCCCUGGGUUCCACCAAGAAGAGCAAAGCCAAAGUGAAAGCCAAGGAGGUUAAAAAAGAGAACCGAGGGAAAGGAGGAGCUGUCAGCAAGCUCAUGGAGAGCAUGGCAGCGGAGGAGGAUUUUGAACCCAACCAAGAUAGCAGCUUCUCGGAGGAUGAGAACAUCCCACUGAGCAUGCUUGUCGAGCGGCCACCCACACCAGCUCCCCGCUCCUGCAUAAUUGACAAGGAUGAGCUGAAGGAUGGCCUGCGUGUCCUCAUCCCCAUGGAUGACAAGCUGCUCUAUGCCGGACAUGUCAAGACGGUGCAUUCACCUGACAUAUACCGCGUGGUGGUUGAAGGCGAGAGGGGAAACAGACCCCAUAUCUACUGCCUGGAGCAGCUCUUGCAGGAAGCGAUCAUUGACGUGAAGCCACCUUCAGUGCGAUUCCUGCCUGAGGGCACAAGGAUUGCUGCCUACUGGAGCCAGCAGUACCGCUGCCUCUACCCAGGAACAGUUGUCCGAGGAACCCUGGAUCUGGAGGAAGAUGGCGAUCUCAUCACAGUGGAGUUCGACGAUGGGGACACAGGACGCAUCCCACUGUCUCACAUCCGGCUUCUCCCACCUGACUACAAGAUCCAGUGUGCUGAGCCUUCCCCAGCCCUUUUGGUACCCAACACCAAGCGCCGCAGCCGUAAAUCCAGCAAAGAUGCUGGAGAAGGAAAAGAAGGGACUACUCUAGGGUCAGAGGAACCUGCAUCAAAGGGCAGAGGGCGAGGGAGAAAGCCAAGCAUCAAGGCAAAAGCUGAAGAGGCUUCCUUGCCUGAAGAGAAGGAUCAGGUGGAGCCUUCACCUGGUGCUUCUUCAGUCCCUGAGAAGCCAGCCUGCCUGGGCAAAUCAAGUGUGAAGGGGUCACGAAAAUCCCAACCACUGCCUGCUGGAGGGUCUCCUGCCCCCACAGAGGAAAAACGGUCAAAAGCCAGUAAAAUGAAGAUCUCCACUAAGCUGCACAGCCCCCCACAACCCACUUACCAGCCUGCUGUGUUUGGCAGCAUCCUCACCACAGAGCCCUACAGUGACCUCCCAGGGACGCUGACAGCCUUCGGCUCCAGUGAUGCUUCAGCAUCGAAAGCCAAGGCCAAGAAAGGGAGGCCCACAGAAGAGGCACAGGAAUUUGGUACCAUGGUUAAGGCUCAGAGGAAGCAUGACAGUGAAAUCCUGAUCAAGCUGGACCACGAGGGUGUGAUGUCUCCAAAGACAAAGAAGAUGAAGGAGGCGAUGAGGAUGCUGGAGGACUCGAGUCUGGCUGGUCGCAGAGAUGGCAAAAGUCUCUUGGGGCUGGGCUAUUCACCUGCAGUGGGUGCAGAGGGCAAGCAGAAAUCCUCCCGAGCCAAAGCAGCUGAGGGGGAUCCUGCCAACUUUGGGGGAAAGUUUGAUGGCUCAGCAGAAAGCCUCAAUGCCUCAAAGGACCAGGAAGAUAAGGCAGCAGCGCCAGCAGCUGUAGAGGAGUCUGAGAGCAACAGCAGUGACAGCAGCUCAGAGUCAGAGGGAGAAGAGGAGACUGAGAAGAACCGAGGGGAGGCUCAGGACAGCAGCUCAACCAGCUCAAGAGCAUCCACUCCUCUCUCUUCCUCCAAUUCCUCCUCCUCUUCCUCUUCUAGCAGCAGCUCCUCUUCCUCCUCCUCUUCCUCCUCUUCCUCUGCCUCAUCGACCUCCUCAUCAUCAAGUUCCAGCUCCUCUUCCUCCUCCACUACAGAUGAAGACUCCUCCUGUAGCUCUGAUGACGAAGUAGCUGAGGCCCAGCCAAGUUCCUCAGUGCAGCAAACUCUCCCUCCCAAGCAAACCAAACAGACAGGGAAAUCCCGGGCGUCCUCCCACCCCCAGAGCCAGAAGCAGCCAGCACAGCAGCCGGCGCAGCAGCCGGCACCACAGCAGAGCGGCAACAAGAGCAGGCCCAAAAAGCGUGAGGGCAUCCACCUGCCCACCACCAAGGAGCUGGCCAAGCGCCAGCGGCUGCCAUCGGUGGAGAACAGACCCAAGAUCGCCGCCUUCCUCCCCGCACGGCAGCUGUGGAAGUGGUUUGGGAAGCCCACGCAGAGACGAGGAAUGAAGGGGAAGGCCAGGAAGCUCUUCUAUAAGGCCAUCGUCCGGGGCAAGGAGAUCAUUCGCAUUGGAGACUGUGCGGUCUUCCUCUCAGCUGGCCGCCCCAACCUGCCCUACAUUGGCCGGAUCCAGAGCAUGUGGGAGUCGUGGGGGAACAACAUGGUGGUCCGAGUCAAGUGGUUUUAUCACCCAGAGGAAACCAACCCUGGGAAGAAACUCAACGAAGGCAAGCGCUGGGAUCAGAAAUCAGGCAGGAGUCUGUCCACAGCUCUGCAGGCAUCCAACCAGAGGAAGGACUUCAUGGAGCGAGCUCUCUAUCAGUCCUCUCACGUGGAUGAAAACGAUGUCCAGACCAUCUCACACAAGUGUCUCGUUGUUGGUCUGGAUCAGUAUGAGCAGAUGCUAAAGACUAAGAAAUAUCAAGACAGUGAGGACCUCUACUACCUUGCAGGGACCUACGAGCCCACUACGGGCAUGAUCUUCAACACCGACGGGGUCCCUGUCAUCUGCUGACCGCCCAGGGAGCACGUGCCAGCCCUGGGAAGGGACAGGACAAACUUGAGGACGUGCCUGUUCAGACGACAUGAUUGUUUCUUUCAAAGCUCAUGACUUCUGUGUCACACUACAGACAGGAGAGUGCGAGAGACAUGGGGAGGAAGGAGAGGGCUGAAGAAAGGGGCUGGGAAAGCGGUUACAGCAAUCACGGAAGAUGCCAAGGGUGGUGGUGGUGGUGUGUGAGCCUCAAGAAUCUUUGGGAAGUGGCUUUAAUUACGGUGACACUUGACCAACUUCUCCCUUCCUCCUUUUGGUCCUGGAAAGCACAUGGGUCUCAUGAUCAUUUCACCAGCGGGACCCCCCAGCAGGAGGGAUCCCUUUUGUGUCAUUUGCCCCCAUCAGUCACUCAGAAGCCGCCUGUAUGUGGAAGGACACCUGCUGACCUUCUGCGUACGCUCCUCUCCGUCCUUAUAUCCCCUUUCCUGCUUGUUUCGCAUGACUCUUUAGGAAGGACAGGGUGAAAGAGAAAGGAGAUGAGUCUCUCUCUCAGCGCCUCGUCUCAAUCCUCCCGGCGCCUUUUUGCGGUUCCCCUUCCCCUGCCUGGCAGUGGAGCACGAAAGGGCAGUGCUGACCCCAGCAUGGAGAUGGCAGGAGAGGUCCUCCAGGCUGGAGGUGCCAGGUGAGCCCCUGUCACACCUGGGGUGCUGCCUUCCCAUUGCCCCAGAUGGGCUGAGCCCACCUUCCCUCUCUCUCCUGUCUCACAAAGGAGAUAGAGGAGGAAGAGCAGGGUGAGAAGACGGUGAGGCUUGCUGAACAACUCCGUGUGAGUGUGCAGAGAAGCAGGGAAGGAAAUGACUGGGAGACGCUGCUUCAGUGCUUGGAGCAGAGGAGGCUGCAGGUCAGGGGGUGCCUCCUGUGGUGGAGGGGAUUUUAGCACAGCUCACUCAGCUUUACCUCUCACGCCUGCAUGGAGCAGUCAGCUGCCUGGAAGCCCUCCACCUCUCAUUUGAUGGAACGGUGACAGAACGUGGAGCCCAGCCGUGCCCUGCUGCUGCAUUUCCACAGCCAAAGCCCAGCCGUCACCGUGGGCUUGGCCAGGGGAGCUCUCAGCUGGCCAACCCAGCAAGGGGGGAUGUUGGAGGAGAA